AGAACUUAACUGGUAAUUGUUCUCACAGACUUCAAUCUUUUUCACUAGCCCUGCCGAUCCAUUAACCCGCUGUUACUACCAAACCACUCCCCAUCAAAACCACUCAAAGCUGAGCAAAAAGUGCCACCAACUCCGGAACAAACAUAAGAAAGGCCGAGAAACCCCACUCGGGGGACGGACCCUGUACCCCAGCCUAAAGAUACAAAUGGCUUCUUCCAGCUCGGUUACAAUUCAGAUAGAGCCUAGCAUGGAAAGUGAUUCAGGGGAUGCUUCGGUUGCCGAGCAUCAAGAAACUGAAGUAAGUGUCAUCCAUCAUCCGGAAGAUCCGCCAGUAGCUAUAAAUUCUGGAGGAAGUAUGAUUCUCCAAUUCGAUGAAUACCGCAUCAGGCACUUAUACAUUAGUCUGUUGGUGCAACUAAUACCUUAAUUAGUACUAAAAUAUAAACUAUUUUACAGUUAUUGUGUGGUUGACAUAAUUGCCCAAGGAAUUUUAACCUGUUAAAAAUCUCUCUAAGGAUCCCUAUACUGAUUAUUGACGGGAUGAGAAUGGGGAGGGAUCCUAUCCCAUGGGGACGCGUCGCCGUCCCUAGCUUAGAAUUUUACUAAUAAUUGUUCUCCAAGACUUCAGUUGUUUUUGUUGGAGUUUUUGUUUUACGAAGAAAAGCGUAGAGAAGAGAGUUGCAGGACAAGAAGAGACACCCAGGGUUCCCUUUUUUGGUGAGCUGAAAACCCUUUUUUCUUCAUUGAUGGAGUUCCCUAUUUUGGUGAGCUGCAACUCAAUUUCUUCAUUCAUCUUCUGCUCUCUCUUUAUCUAUCAAUUUUCCUAAAUAUUUCCCUCAAUAUUUUUCUGAAUUUUUCAUUCCUUUCUCCAUUCUCUUUUCGCCGGAGCCCUCUUUUAUAAAAAAAAGGAAAUAGAAACCCAAACCGUUCAUGCCAAUCUCAAACCAUAAUCUUCAAUCACAAAAUACAGAUAAAACCCAAUUCAAAUAGAAUCAGAAACCUAAGAUACAAUUGAGUCUCUGCAUUCUUCCACUUUAAAGGCCAAGUUCAUACCUCUGUGGAUUAGGGCUUCUAACUCCAAAUCGAUUUUGGACUUCUUUUCUUGCGGAUCUCCUCUGAUUCCUUCAAUUGGUUGACCCUAGAUCCAAAAAUCUCUUCACUAAAUUCGUCUUUUAAUCGAACUCAAGUUGAUGAAGAAGAAAUUUUGGGAGAGAAGGUGAGGCAGAGCGAAUGAACGCUAAUAAACCCUGGGCUCUCAU